AUGUCGUCUUAUAUGGACGUUGAACAAUGUCUCUUUGUCUAUCCGUAUAUGACUACUACUGCACUUCUUUCAAGAUAUUCAUCACAACAGUCGAAUCGUCGUGAAAAUGAUAUCGAACGAUUGAAACGACGUAUUGAAACUCUUGUGAAAUCAAACGAUGAUAAAGAAAGAAAAAUAGAAGAUUUACAAAUUCAAUUAGCUAAAUAUCAUACUAUUACAAUACCACAGAUACCGUCAAUUAACACAAAAAAAGUUGAUAAUUCUGUAAAUAAUCAUAAUAUUCAAAAAUGUUCUUACGAUACAGACGGUGAUGUAUCAGACUCAAAUUCAUUGCCAUCUCUUAAUAGUGAUAAGGAUUCCAAAUUAUCUCAGAAACCUUUAUUACCACAUAAUGAUCAUGAUUCAUUUACAAAUUCACAUCAAAAUCCGUUAAGUAAACUAAAACUUGACAUAUUACAUCGUGCUUCAAGUGCUGAACCAAUGUUAAUUCGAGAAUUCACAAAUACUCCUAUUCGUGAUAUAUCAACUAAAAAACGAACACUGACAUUAAACGAUCGGAUGAAUUAUAAAUAUGAUCAAAGUGGUUAUGUAUCGGAUGGACCAAGUCGAAAAUAUUCUAUUUAUAAAAAAUCUUUAGCAACUAAUUUAGAUAAAAAUAAAUCAUCAAGUGUUAAAGGUUUAAAAAAUAUUUUUGGACGAAUUAUUCGAACAAAUUCAGGACAUUUUAAAGAAGAUGAUGAACAAAAAACACAAACUUCAUUUCAAAAUUACGAUUUAAGAGCGACAAUUAAUUAUGAAAAAAAUUUAUCAAAACAACUUAGACGACAUUUAUCAAUGCGUUUUCAAGAAUUAAUUGGUAAUGAUUUACAAAAUCGUAAAAAUCAAUAUGAAAAAUCUGCUAAUUGUCAACCAUUAACAUUACAUACAAAAAUAAAAUUUUCACGUGGAUUAUUUUCUCAUCGACGAGCACGUUCAAUUGAUAUUGAUAAUCUUAUUUGUCCAAUGAAUGACAAUAACAUAAUUAAUGGUAUAUCUCCAACUCUUAAACUUGUUCUCGCUCAUGAUAGUCCAACAACAGUUGUUUAA